GGCCGAGGGCUGGCGAGUGGACAGGCGGUGCUGUGCCGACAUGGCCCUGGCCGUGGCCCACGGCCUGGAGCUGGUGCUGCUGAAACCGCGGAGGCUCAUGAACCUCAACGGGCUCAGCGUCGCCAGUGCCGCUGACAUCUACAACCUCCGCCCAGAAGACAUAUACCUGGUUCAUGAUGACCUGGACAAGGCCCUGGGCAACGUGGCGAUCAAGCUGGGAGGCAGCGCAAGGGGACACAAUGGGGUCCGAUCCUGCAUCAGUGCUUUGAACUCCAACGAGAUGACCCGGCUCAGGAUCGGCAUUGGGCGACCAGAAGGUGAAGUGACAGUGUCCAGCUACGUCUUGGCUCCAUUCCAUGCUGGGGAGCGGGAGAGGCUGGAGCAGGUCCUGGCCCAGGCAGCGACCUGCCUGCUGGAGCACAUCCUGCGGCGAAGAGCACCCACGGGGGACCCAGGGGACAGAGGCUGAUGUGAACCCCCGGGGACCUGUGUGACCGAUGGCUGGGGCGCUGCGGGCUUGGCGGGGUGACCAUGGUGCAGAACAGAGCUGGCCCUGCCGGGCAGUCAGGCCGGGCACUGGGGCAGCCCUGGUCUGUCCCCACACAGAUGCGGGCAGCUCGUGUCCUACUCAAGCCCCUGUGGUGGCUUUGUGUGGCAGUUUGGCACAGAACUGAAAUAAACCCUCUGCCUUCUUCCUGCCCCUCGUCACCAGCUGAACUCAGGCAGUCCCUGGCUCUCUGCAGCUCAAAUCCAUGUUUCCAUCCCUGUUCCAUCAGCUCAGGCUGGGGGGCAGCUUCCAGUGGGAAGCGAUAGGAGUGACUUCUGCAGGGUCCAAACCCACUUUCGCUGUGUUGAGAAACAGUGGCAAGCACGAGCCGCCGGGAAUCUCAUCGCUCCGCAGUGCCCACAGGCUGCUUCCACUGAGCUGCAGCGAGAAGUCUCAGGGCUGGCCUCGUCGUUUUUGAGUGAGGUGGUUUUACGCCAAAACUCUGGAGCUUCCAACAGCCAGAGGAGUUCUGGCUCCUCUUUACAGACCCGUUACAGGUCUCUUGGUAGCGAGGGCAGCCCGGGGAGCAGCGUCUCCCCACCGUCGCGGUGCUCUGCUGACAUCCUCUUGCAGCUGAGAGCCCCAGCACUGGCAGCUCCUCGCCCACAUCCCAGUGGGUACUGGAACAAGCACCAGGACCCUUGCUGGGUCCCAUGUACUGCAACGCUGCUGCCACUUCCUUCCUCCAGCUGGUACCAGACCUUCCUCCACUCUGUCCCCAGCUCCUGAGCUCCUCCCGUAGCAUUGAGGCUACCUGUGACUGGGGAACAGGCAAGGAGGCAAAGGUGUCCCCAGUCUGCCACCACCGCUGCACCCCGCUGUGGCCGUACUGCCUGGGAGCCUGCAGCUGCACAGCAUGCACUUGGCUGUCUCCUUCUCCCUGUUCUCCAGUAGAUCCGCUCGGAUCUUCAGGUCCGUUGUGAUCCCCUGGAGCCAGUGGUUCUUCAGGAGGUCCCUGCUGUAGCUGUUCAGCCUGCCCCAGAUGAUGCUCUCCUGGAUCAUUUGGUGGUCUCAGACAUCCCGCUGUGGCUCUUGGCUACCGAGCCUUCUACCCAUGCUCCAUUGCCUUCUCAAGCUGUGGGGAGAAGAGGGGUGCAGCCCCCCCAAACCCUGGGUGAAAGCAGCAACCCACUGUCCCGGGGCUAACGCCAGCAGCCGCUGCAGAGCCCAAAGGGGCAGCCAGCUGCCAGGCCUGGGUGGAGAGAGGUGGCAGCUCUGGGCACCUGGCAGGGGCUCACACCUCCCCAGUGCAUCCAGGCGAGGGCUAAUUGCAGUGGUUUUAAGAAAAUUGCUCCUCUACCCCAGAAAACCCUCAGUUUUUCAACCAAAGGUCACCCUGCUGAGGAGCUGAGGAUUAGCACCAAACAAGCCUGGACUCUUGGAAAGCAAAACACCUCCUCCAGAGCUGGCCACAAAGGCGACAGAUGCCGGAGCCCAGCAGGAUUCGGCUGCACACCUCAGUCCUCAAACUGGUGAUAGGUUUUCAGUCCCAAGGCCAAACCUAACGCCACUGAGGGAAAUCAUUCCCAUCCGCAUUCCCACAGGAAGCCUGCGCUCCAUGGAAAUACCACCCACCUUUUCACCCACAGACCCCAAAGGGG